AUGACUUGGGGAGUGUUGAUUCCCGCUGCGAAUCAACGUAUAAGACGCUUAUUUGUGCGAAUCCUCGCCGCGGCAAGCACACUGCUCCGCGCUGAGGACAUAAAGAGCAGCACUACACCCUUUCUUCACUCGUGCCUUUCAGGCGAACGAAAGCCGCUGAAAGACAAGAACGAAACCGACCCGGCCGAACAUAUUAUGCGCAAGGCUGAUGAUUUUUCCAAGGAGGACCGUAUCGUUGUUCCCAAGCAGGCCGAUCUCACUCGUGUAAACGGUGUGCCCGAAGAGCACCAAUCUACACGUCGAGUUCGUAUCUAUAUCCCGGCACGGUCGGUCACACAAAGUGGCGAUCAUGGCACUCGUUUAUGGCGGCUGGACUUUGACAACCGAGAACGUUGGGAAAAUCCUUUGAUGGGAUGGGCAAGCAGUGGAGAUCCGCUGUCAAAUGUUUCCGUGGAAUUUGAGACACCCGAAGCUGCAGUAGACUUUUGUCAACGUCAGGGUUGGCCGUGUUAUGUGGAGGAGCCCAACCUGCCUAAAAUGCGCAUAAAAUCCUACGGUGCCAACUUUUCGUGGAACAAAAGAACUCGUGUUGCUACCAAGUAGUCAGAACUGCCCAGUACAUCUCUUUCGCAUCGCUAGUUUCCCUUUUGACUUGAAGAUUUCAGUGUCCCACAGGAGCUCAUUUGAGGGCAUGUUAAUUAAAUAUCUUCCAGCUUACACAUACACGCUUUUCCGUUGACUUACAGAGAUCGAUCGCGUUCAUUUAGUCACGUGAGAUGCAGGACACUUUAGACAGUGGUAUCUGUCCCUCGAGUGCUGAUUGUGAUGCUAUUAAUGCAACAGACCGCGAAAUCUUUCAUCUACAACAUCCAUCAUCCCUAACUUACAACUUUGCGGGUAGCUAAACUAUGCACAACGACGUUCCACAAGUCUUUGGGAUUUGUCCAGUGGAAGACCGCGACAAAGAUAUUUGGUCGCCGAUUUUCGCCCUCAUGUUGAGUGCUGAUUGCAUUUGUCUUUCGUGGAAUGAAAAUAGUGCGGAAAUCGAAGGAUCAAAGUUAUUUUCCAAAUGUGUUUAUUCCCCCCCCCCCGCCGGAUCCAUCGAUCUGUGUUCCCUCACCUGUAUGCUGGCAGCACAGUUCUGGUUAGUUCUUUGGUCUUUCCAUAGAAAUGAGAGGCCUACUG